CACACACACACACACACACACGUUACUGUGCAGCUGGAAGAUCAAGAGUUUGUGUUGCACAUGCCUGCAUAGAGCGGACAGAGGGUGUGUGGUCUGAGAGACUCAGCUGGUCUGGGAAACUGAGUCAGAGAUCCAGCCGGCUCUAAGUGCUUUUUGCCAGAAGGAAAAGGAGACAAGUUCAUACUGCUGAGUGCUUCUCAGGGACCGUGAGCAGAGCCAAGGAAUAAUGAUGAAGAUGAAACGGACUCUAUGCAGAAUCUCCUGCUUAGUUACUCUCCUGGUGGAGCUGAGCUGGAUAAACGUGGGCCACAGCGUGCACAGAGAGGGAGGAAGUAGGGGAUUGAAGCAGUGGGAGAGGAAGGUGCGCUCUGCCUCCAGUCUGGAUGAGCUGCUGAUGCUGGCAGACUUUCCUGACUGGAAGUUGUGGAAGUGUCGUCUGAGGCUGCAGCAGCCGGAGACCCUCUCUUCUCCGCCUUCAGUGGGCUCACACCGCUCCACACGCUAUGCUGCUGAAUCUUACAGCCUGGAGAUACUCAAAGCUAUUGAUGAAGAGUGGCAGAGGACUCAGUGCAUGCCAAGGGAAACAUGUGUCGACGUGGCGAAGGAGCUUGGCACCGACCCCUCAAUGUUCUUCAAACCACCAUGUGUGUCCGUCCAUAGGUGUAGUGGCUGCUGCAAUCAAGAGGGUGUCACCUGCAGGAACACAACUAAUGUAUAUGUGAAUAAAACUGUCCUUAGUGUUAUUCCAUUCAAGUUUGUACCCGAGCCUGUGCUAAUAAAAGUAGCUAAUCAUACAGAGUGCAGGUGCAUGGAGCCCGCAAUAAUACGUCGUAAUGCUCAACCUCACAGGAGCAGCGGCUGCUCUCCAAUGAGCCAGCUGUCAGAGGCAGAGGACUCCAGGAGACUUUGUGCCAGUGGCUUGAUUUGGGAUUGUUCAAUUGACCGAUGCAUACCUUACCCUUCCAGUGCACCAGAGUUUCCACUGAUGGAUUCAUGGAUGCCUGACUGUGAGAUAGACGUGGAGCGCUGUGACUGUCUUCCUAGACCUGCACCAACUCUGCAGCCUGGACCCAUCCAACACUGUCAGCUCAACUCCUCCAUCUGUGCCAGCAAUCAUCAACAUUUUGAUCAAGCCUCCUGCAGAUGCAAAUGGCCCAAGUAGAUGUCCAGUGGGGAAUGAAAUGACGACAACCUGCUCACCAAGGAAGUUUGGAGGCAGAGAAAAAAGGCUUAUAAUUUAUUUAUUGUCCUAUUUAUUCUGAUCACUAAUUAAGAAGAUAUUAACUCAUGUGACCAUGUUAAUUGAUUUUUUUAACAUGCUUACCUUAAGUUUCAAUCCAUUUCUAAAUUGUAUGAUUUGUACAUUUGUUCAUCAUGCACUGAAUAUGUAGUUUAUAUUAAAAGAUUAUUUUUUAUAAUUUUAAUCUGUGAUGAAUUUAUGAAAAAUUCUUUCACUCAGUCAUUAUACGUUUUUAUAUUUUAUGGUUUAAGAGCAUUACAUUAAUGUUUAUGUGAGCUUGAUCCAACAUAAAGAAAUGCAUUAAUUUUUAAGGUAAUCAAAUAUUUCUACAAACUCAAUGAAAUUCAUUAAAAUUGUAAAACACUUGUU